AUGUCACUUGACAUUGAGAAAUUUGUUAAUGAUUGUCCCAAAUGUACUGAACAUAGAACACAACAUCAUGAACCCCUUUUGCCCAGUGAGCUUCCAUCUCGUCCUUGGGAAAAGGCAGCGAUUGAUCUCUUUAAACUUGAAGGAACAUGGUUCGUAGUAAUCACUGACUGUUUUUCACGUUAUUUUGAAAUAGCUACAUUAAAGAACCUGUCAACUGCUGAAAUAAUCGAAAAAUGCAAAUCUGUAUUCUGCCGUCACGGUAUACCAAUUGAGCUACGAUCUGAUUGUGGUACACAGUUUGCUACCAGAUACACUGGUCUUGAAAACUCUGAAUUCAAAAAGUUUGCUCAAAGCUAUAACUUUAAACUUGUGACAAGCAGUCCAAGCUACCACCAAAGUAACGGUGCAGCUGAAGCUGCAGUCAAAAUAGCGAAGAGUGUACUAAAGAAAAACAAAGACGACCCAUAUUUAGCCCUCCUAACCUACCGCAAUACACCUCUAUCCACAAGUGGAUACAGUCCUGCUCAGCUAAUAUACAACAGACCACUGCGAGAUAACCUGCCUGUUUUACCUAAAAAACUUGAAAUCAAACCCGAUCUCUCUCAACUAAAGGAAAAAGAAGAUACUUACAAAGCAUCUUACAAGAGAAACUACGAUAGGCGCUACGCUACAAAAGAACUUCCAUCGCUGCCUGUAGGUAAGAAAGUAUGGAUCCAAGACCUAAAAAGAGAUGGUAUUAUUAUCAGCUUAGGACAAGAGCCAAGGUCAUACUGGGUUAAGACAGGAAACACUACGUUGAGAAGGAAUCGACACCACCUUUUGCCUUACAAAGGUAAUACAACCAAACCGAACAAUCCUAUUCCUUUAUCCAUCAAAGAUACAACGUCAGAUCCUCUGCCAUUUACUACUGUUACUCAAAACAACUCUUCCCUAUCAAAUACUGCUGAAAGAACAACUACUACACCAUCUAGAAUAACUCAAGAUAAAAGUAAACCUUUUUCACGAUCAACUACUCCCAAUCAAGAAGCUGCAAUAAAACAAUCAUCAAGAGGCAGAAUUAUAAGACCUACGAAACGUUUUCCUGACUAA